ACUCAAAACAAGAAAGUACGACAUAAAGACGAACAAAUGUGGCUGAUUAUUUGAGCGUUUUACGAUGCCUAAAGUGAUUUCUAGAAGUAUUGUAUGCUCAGAUACCAAGGAUAAGGAGGAAUAUAAUGCAGAUGAUGUGGCAUUGUUUGUGUAUUAUUGUUUGUGUGGACAAAUGGCCAUGAUUUUAGAUUGUACUUUGGAUAAACUUCCUCUGAGGAAAGUAGACGAUGCUCGUGUGAUAGAUGCUAAUAAACAUGCUUGUAAAUUUAAUAGUGUUGAAGGUGACGUCGUCUUUCUCAAAAGAACAGGAGGAAUUGAGAGGCAGUUCCGACAAAAAUGCAAAAAGUGCAAUCUGUGGUUAUUCUACAGAUCCUCUAAAAAAGAUCAAAAUAUCACAUUUGUCGUAGAUGGGGCAACUGUUCAAAGUGGUCAGAAAACACCAGUAGAAAAGGCAAAGUCCUCUAACAAGGUCAUGAUGACAAAAAGGACCAAAGAGUUCGGUAAAUUUGGUUCUGUCACUGUUUCUACUAUUGACGAAGAAGAAGAAGAAAUCGAACAGCAUGAAGUGGCUUCAUCGUAUUCACAUAAUGCCAAGAUAAUAGAGAAACAACUAGAAAGAAAAACCACAGCACAGAAACGAGCCCACGACCAGGAAUCAAAAGAUGAAUUUGGAAAGAAACCACGAGGAACUCUUCUUGACAAAACUUGAUAUCUUGACAAAAAAACUCAUCAGUGUUAUGCACUCUGACAUUUAUUUAUUUUUAUGUCAUAAAGUCAUGUACAUCUGAAGCUAUAAAAAUCUGUAGCCCUUACCCCCCACCCCCAUCCCCCACCCCCAAACAAGUUUCCCUCAACCCUAACAUAGCAUGUUGUAUUAUUAUAUCUUAGAUAUAUUUUAAAGAACAUUUUACUAGUAUUAACGUUUUGUAAGUCAAUACACUUAAAGAUACAUAUGCUUGUAUAUAGUCAGAAUUGUUCUUCGAUUUGCAAUAAAAUGAAAGACAACUAUGCUGAAUAA